AUGGAUAAAAAAGAUAAAGCUGUGGAGAUUUUAGAAGAUGCCCUAGAACAGGCGAGGGCGUUUUAUUGUGGCAAACCUCACUUAACUCUCGUCGAAGUACUAAUUAAUCUAGGAGUGGUUUUGCACUCUGCUCAAAACGUGGACUUUGAGAAAUGUCUGCAGUAUUUUCAAGAAGCGAAAGUGUUAAUGGACGAAAUCCUUGGCCCAAAUCACGCACAUUCUCUCACUUCGGAGAUAUUUAAAAACAUGGCCGGGAUUUAUUACGACCUUGGAGAUUUAACCAAGGCUCAACAGUAUCUUGGAGAUGUUCUAGACAUGAACUCCAUAAUUUGUGGAGAGAAUAGCGUUAAUGAUACCAUGGCAACGGUCUGUUCAAAUUUGGGCCUUGCUGCGGAGAAGAUGGGCAACCUCGGCCAAGCUAAGGAGUACUAUAGCGAAGCUGUGAGAAUGAGGAAUAAAUUGAUUUCCUCAACCAAGAAUACAGAUUUUGAUCUCUUUGGCAAUCUUUAUAGACUGAGCUUGAUCUGUGAAACUCUUGGAGAGGAGGAUGAAGCGCUUAAGCUCUUACAAGAGGCGAUGGAGAUUGAAAAAGCUGUUGGAACUGAGAACUGGCCGAUAUGGGAUGUAAUGCUCAAGCUAAAUAUGCAGUUGGAGAUAGGGUCCUUUGCCAAACUACUGACUCGUUUUCAAGAAGGUUUACAGGUAGCCAAAACAACAGCUGAAGAAGACUGCCCACCUGAAUCGUUGAAAUAUCUGAAGUUACUGAAACAAAUUUAA